AUGAAGCCAGAAGAGAUUCCAUUGCAGCUAAAAUUGAAACAUUAUAAGAUAACUAAUGCUUCAGCAACCAAUUAUUUGUCAAAUCGAUUAAACACAACUAAGAAGCCCUUGAAGUUAUCAAACUACUUAAAUAAGAUGUUGCCGGUUAUAUUAUAAAUGGAGAUUCAUUUGAAUUUACAUAAGUGCAAGCACAAUCGCAAUUUGUUCUAAGAACAUCAAAUAAAAUCAUUCUUAGCUUUAGCUUCAGAAUAAUAAGAAUAAUCAUCAGGAAAUGGAUCAACAUUGGCCGAAAAAGUCUUAGGUGUCCUUUAAGGAUUAGAAAGUGAAUUAGAAGCAUCAUUAGAAAAUUUGAAAUAAAAUGAAAUCAAUGCAUCUUGGGAAUUGGCUGGAUGGGUUUCAUUAUCUGAAGCUGAAAUAACAAGUUUGGAAGUAGAAUAUGAAAGAAAAUAAGUAUUUGCUGAUAGAACCGCUACUUAAAUUCAAGCUGCUCUAGCUUAAUAAGCAAAAUCUAAGAUUAUUUUAUAAGAAUCAUAAGAUGCCUUAGAUUAAGCAUAAUCUGAUUUGGAAUCCAAGAGAGCUGAUUAUGAAGAAGCAAAGGCUAAGAGAAAUGAAGAGAAUGCCAUUUUGGAUGAGGUUAUCAUAAUGUUCAAGAAAUAAGUUGCUUCAUGGUCAGGAAGAUGAUAUUAAUGAUAGAUAGUAAAGAAUAUGUCAUUUAUUCACAAAUAAA